AUGCACCACCUGCUACGGUGUCACGUCCAGGCCCAUCAGCUCUAUCUCCGCGAGUUGCGUGGCCUGGAGGCCUCUGCAAAGGGUCACUCGGGAACAGUCGAUGACACCAUCUGGCUCCAGGUGGUAGUCGAGCUGCAUGGUCCGGAGCACGCAGAGACCCGAGCGAGUCGCCGCAACCUGGAGCGAUUCCAACGACAGCACGGGCCAAUUGAUUAA